GCACGAUCCUCCCUGUGCUGACGUCACGAGCGAGCCCAGCUCUCUCCGGCAGUACGCGCUUCUAUCACUGCCGAGGCUCGCGAGCGCGGAGGAGGAGCUGUCAAAGUUUACAGCCAAGUCGGGCGAGUUUUCUCAAGAAGCUGAGAAGGCAAGAUCUCUGAACAUUUAGAAACCUUUGAAAGAAGAGCCCUUUUAACUAUGGAGUGAAGUCUGAGAGGUUUUAAACACAAGAAAUGGCAGGACCAACUGAGAUCGGAUUGUUUUUUACCUUACUGCUCUCAUGGAGCUUCUGUGCGACGCCGGAAAAGAAAGUGUGUCAGGGAGCGAACAACAAACUGGCUCUUCUGGGAACAGUGGAUGACCAUUAUCAGAUUCUGGUAAAAAUGUACAGCAACUGCACCGUGGUUCUGGAAAACCUGGAAAUCACAUAUAUGACAGAAAAACAUGACUUGUCAUUUCUCAGGAGCAUCCAAGAAGUCGGCGGCUAUGUUCUUAUUGGGAUCAACUCAGCCCCCAGUAUCCCCCUUGAGAACCUGCGUAUCAUCCGUGGCCACUCUCUUUAUGAAGACAAAUAUGCUUUGGCUGUCCUCCUGAACUCCAACAACAGCAUCGGACAAGGCGUGAACCAGUUACCACUGACUAGCUUAACUGAAAUACUGAAGGGCGGAAUAAAAUUUGCCAGUAACAAUCAUUUAUGUAACGUGGAGACCAUCCAGUGGACGGACAUUCUGAAAUUGAAGAGUCAGCCUAAAAUCAAAGAGCCAGAACCAAGCUUAGCAAGACAAUGUAAAAAGUGUGAUCCAAGCUGUUACAAUGGUUCCUGUUGGGGCCCUGGCCCCCAAAACUGCCAAAAAAUGACUAAGGUGAUCUGUGCGGAACAGUGUUCAGGGAGGUGUAAGGGACCCAAACCCAUUGACUGCUGUAAUGAACAUUGUGCUGCUGGCUGCACUGGACCCAAACCAACCGACUGCUUGGCCUGUAAGGACUUCCAGGAUGAGGGGACAUGUAAGGACGCAUGUCCACGGCUCAUGCUCUACGACCCCAACACCCACCAGCUCGCUCCCAACCCUAAUGGGAAGUACAGCUUUGGGGCAACAUGCAUCAAGAUAUGCCCACACAACUAUGUCGUGACAGACCAUGGGGCAUGUGUAAGAACAUGCAGCCCUGGCACCUAUGAGGUGGAUGAGGGUGGAGUUCGGAAAUGUAAAAAGUGUGAUGGCCUUUGUCCAAAAGUUUGCAAUGGGCUGGAAAUGGGGCCUCUGACCAACGUCCUGUCAAUCAAUGCCAGCAACAUCGAUUCCUUUGAGAACUGCACAAAAAUCAGCGGAGGUGUUGCAAUUCUCACCACAACAUUUAAUGGUGACCCACAUACUAAUACUUCAGGACUGGACCCAGCCAAGCUCAAUGUAUUUAAAACUGUAAAAGAAAUCACUGGCUACCUGGUGAUUCAGCAGUGGCCGAAAGACAUGCCGUCCCUCAGUGCCUUUGAAAACCUUGAGGUCAUCCGUGGACGUACAAAAAAGCAAGGUGCAUACAGCUUUGCUGUCACCCAAACUGAAAUCACACAUUUUGGCCUGCGUUCUCUGAGGGAGAUCAGUGACGGUCAUGUGGUCAUCUCUAAGAACAAGCAUCUCUGCUACACCAGCCCUGUCCACUGGAAACGCCUCUUUAAAUCUGAACAACAGACUGUCAAAAUGAUAUCAAAUGCUGAUGCUGCCACCUGUGAGAAUCAGAACAGCACAUGUGAUGAGAUGUGCACAAAUGAUGGCUGCUGGGGUCCUGGUCCCACUAUGUGCUUCACCUGUAAGCAUUACACCCGUAAAAAACACUGUGUGGCUUCCUGCAACCUGCUGGCUGGGGAGCCACGUGAAUAUGAAGUCAAUCGAACAUGUGUUGAAUGCGACCCUGAAUGUCGGCUCAUGAAUGAAACCCUGACCUGCACCGGCCCUGGACCCGACAAAUGUACAGGUUGUGCAAACUACAAAGAUGGGCCGCACUGUGUACCACGCUGCCCGCAAGGCAUACCCGGAGAGAAAGACAGACUUAUUUGGAAAUAUGCUGACAGGAUCCGAGUGUGCCAGCCCUGUCAUGAGAACUGCACCCAGGGAUGUACUGGGCCUGAUCUAAAUGACUGUAAAGAUUUCAAAGGUUCGGGUUUGCCUAUGAUUGCCGCUGGUGUGGUUGGAAGUCUGCUGGCGUUUGUUAUCCUGGGUCUAGGAGUUGCUGUUCUACUGCGCAGACGACACAUCAAAAAGAAGAGAACCCUACGAAGACUCCUGCAAGAAAGAGAGCUAGUGGAGCCUCUGACCCCCAGUGGCGAAGCCCCCAACCAGGCCUUGCUGCGCAUCCUCAAAGAGACGGAGUUCAAGAAGAUCAAAGUGCUGGGGUCGGGAGCUUUCGGAACUGUGUAUAAGGGCUUGUGGGUUCCAGAGGGAGAGAGUGUGAAGAUCCCCGUCGCCAUUAAGGUCUUACGAGAAGCCACGUCUCCCAAAGCGAACACAGAGAUCUUGGAUGAGGCCUAUGUGAUGGCGAGCGUUGAGCAUCCUCACGUGUGUCGUCUACUUGGCAUCUGCUUGACCUCCACCGUCCAACUUAUCACCCAGUUGAUGCCCUACGGCUGUUUGCUGGACUACGUCAGAGAAAAUAAGGACAACAUUGGCUCUCAACACCUGCUCAACUGGUGUGUGCAGAUUGCUAAGGGAAUGAGUUACCUAGAAGAGCGCCAUCUUGUGCACAGAGACUUGGCUGCUCGUAAUGUGCUGGUGAAGACCCCUCAACAUGUAAAGAUCACGGAUUUUGGCCUGGCCAAGCUGUUGAAUGCUGAUGAGAAGGAAUAUCACGCAGAUGGUGGAAAGGUGCCAAUAAAAUGGAUGGCCCUGGAAUCCAUCCUGCACAGGACAUACACCCACCAGAGUGAUGUCUGGAGUUAUGGUGUGACAGUCUGGGAACUGAUGACAUUUGGAACAAAGCCCUAUGAUGGAAUUCCUGCAAGGGAAAUUGCCGAAGUUCUAGAGAAAGGAGAAAGACUUCCACAGCCUCCUAUCUGCACCAUCGAUGUGUACAUGAUAAUGGUCAAGUGUUGGAUGAUUGAUGCAGAGAGCAGACCUCGCUUCAGGGAGCUCAUCGCUGAGUUUACUAAAAUGGCACGUGACCCGUCCCGCUAUCUCGUCAUUCAGGGUGAUGAUCGGAUGCAUUUACCCAGUCCUUCUGACUCCAAGUUCUACCGCAGUCUGAUGAGCGGAGAGCUGGAUGAAGCCGUGGAUGCAGAUGAGUAUUUAGUGCCCAGUCACAGCUUCUUCAGCAGCCCCAGCACCUCCCGCACACAGCUGCUGCACUCUGUGAGUCUCAACAGUAGCACUGGGAACUGUCACAGCAGAAACGGGAAUGGUUUCCCAGGAAGGGAGAACAGCUUGGUUCUGCGUUACAUCCCAGACCCGACAGAUCGCUUCCACGAGGGAGACUUCCAGCCCGCUCCAGGUUGGAAUGAAUAUAUAAACCAGAAUGAAUCAUUGAUGUCCAGCAUGACCAACCCAAUAUACCAACACCCUGGACCCCCUCGCAAACUUCCGCACUCUUCAUCAGCACUGGACGAAACUGAGGAAGAAUACCUGAACUGCUUUAAGAGCCCUGCUGCUGCUGCUGCCCCACCAGAGUAUCUGAACAUGUCCCACACGCAGCUCCUCUCCAGCCAGCCGUUCUUCAGCGUUCAGGGCUUCAACCCCCAGAACAGUAUGGACAACCCAGACUACCAGCAGGACUUCUGCCCCCUGGAGCUCAAAACACACACCAACGGUUACUUGCCGGCUGCAGAAAACGCAGAAUACAUGGGGCUGGAAGUACACUAGCACAUUACGGAGAAGAGCAACUGUUAAAAUGAGCCACUUUACAGUUGGUAAAAGAUGAAAGGACAUCUAUUUAUAGCGGAUACACAGGCAAAUAUUUUGCCGAGUUGUCAGACAGGUAUGCCUGCCGCCAAUGACAACUGUGGCUCUCUCCAAAUGACACAAGAGACUAUGAAUGACAACAGGAUAUUAAUCCCAUGUUGAUGCCAGUAGAAAUAUGCUUGUGUGCUGAAAUGGCAUAUCAUGAAACAAGCUCGUUGACACACAUGUAAAAACUGUUUUCUUAGAGAUCUGGUUGCAGUCAAGUUAAAGGAAUAGUUCACCCCAAAAUGAAAAUGUUUUCAGCGGGACUGCCCAGUUAAAAAUACUCUGAAUGUCAUCAUUUACUCAUCCUCAUGUCGUUCCAAACCUGUAUACGUUUCUUUCAUAUGUUGAAUACAAAAGAAGAUAUUUUGAAGAACCAAACAGUUGUUGAAUACUAUGGAAAUACUAUAGAAUCAAUGGGGACCAUCAAAAAGUAUUUGAACACUGAAGUCACAUUUAAAAAUGUGUGAAUUCCAUUGCAUUCCCCAGUUUUUGUCUUCAUUUUGAAUAACAAUACAAAUAGACUUUUAAUUUUUUUUUUUUUUUUUUUUUUUUUUUUUUAGAAAUUAAUAUUUGUAUUCAGCAACAAGUAAACUUAUCAAAAGUGACACAUAAGAAUGUAGCAUUGUUACAAAAAAAGUACAUUUCAAAUCAAUAUUCCUUUUGAAAUUUCAUCAAAGAAUCCUAAAAAUAAUCUGUCCCACAAAAAUAUUAAGCAGCAAAAACUGUUUUCAACAUUGAUAAGAAAUAAUAAGAUAAGUUACUUUAAUCACCAAAUCAGAAUAUUAGUAUGAUUUCUGAAGGAUCAUGUGACACUAAUGACUGGAGUGAUGGCUGAUAAAUGUCAUCAGGAAUCAAUAACAUUUUAAAAUACAGUAAAAUAGAAAAUAGUUA